AUGGGCUUGGACAAAAUCAACCAGACAUGGGUGAGCGAGUUCAUCCUCCUGGGACUGUCCAGUGACUGGGGCACUCAGGUCUUCCUGUUCCUCCUCAUCUUGGUCGUGUACUUAGUGACUGUGAUGGGGAACUCCCUCAUCCUUCUCCUCAUCAGAAUGGACAGCAGGCUCCAUACCCCAAUGUACUUCUUUCUCAGUGUUCUCUCUUUGGUGGACUUGUGUUAUGGAAAUAGCAUUACCCCUCAAAUGCUGGCUCACUUCCUCUCAGCCCAAAAGCACAUCUCAUUCCCUAGUUGUGUGCUCCAACUCUGGGCCUCCUUGGCAUUGGGUGGUUCUGAGUUCUUCCUGCUGGGAGCCAUGGCUUAUGAUCGCUAUGUGGCUGUGUGCUAUCCCCUGCACUACACAGCUAUCAUGCAUGCAAGGCUGUGCCUGGCAUUGUCGGCCAGCUGCUUGGUGGCUGGUUUCUCCAACUCACUGAUGGAAACAAUCAUCACCUUCCAGCUCCCCCUGUGUUACAAUGUCAUCGAUCACUUUGCCUGCGAGACCCUAGCAGUGCUUCGGCUGGCCUGUGUGGACAUCUCCUUCAACGAGGUCAUGGUGGCCUUUUCUGGAUUUCUAGUGAUUGUGCUUCCUUGUUCCCUGGUCCUGUUCUCCUAUGCUCACAUUGUCACUGCCAUUUUACGCAUUCGUUCUGCUCAGGGACGUCACAAAGCCUUUGGGACCUGCACCUCUCACCUCACUGUGGUUUGUAUGUGUUUUGGGGCUACCAUCUUCACAUACCUAGAGCCACAUUCUGCCUCCUCUGUACAGAAAGAGAAGGUGGUUGCUCUGUUCUAUGCGGUGGUGGCUCCCAUGUUGAACCCUUUGAUCUACAGCUUGAGAAAUAAGGACGUUAUGGCUGCUCUCCAAAAACUUUUAGAGAAAUUCAGGUAA